CACCGCCACGAAUCCGAAUAAUCCAAAAUAUAUAUGCCAAAAAAAGGAAAUAGAAAUGAAGUAGCGACGGCUGGAGGAUCUUCCUCAGCUCUUCACUGUCCUCCUACCAUCUCCCAAAUUCACCCUCCGAAACCCUCGAAUCCGCCGCUGACCUUGCGAUUCCGGCCUCCCUGCACCUCACCAGCCGCCGGCGCUCUGUCCGCCUGACCGUGCCACAGUUCCCCGGGGGGCGCCACCGCCAGGCCCCCCACGACUGGUGCUGGGCCGCCGGGGUGGAGUGGAGUGGAGAUCCGUCCGGAGUUGAAUUGUGGGCAAGAUGAUGGAGUUGCGCGUCGCUUUGCUGAUUCUAGUGAUAUCUUUGCCGUGCUUCUCUGCAUCCGAUCGCCAAGGGGAUGCUUUAUAUGAUAUGAAACAAAAACUGAAUGUUACUGGUGGUCAGCUUUCCGAUUGGAACCAAAAUCAAGUUAACCCUUGCACAUGGAAUUCUGUGAUUUGUGACAAUAACAACAAUGUUGUUCAAGUAGCAUUGGCUGCACGAGGAUUCACUGGCGUUUUGUCACCAAGAAUCGGAGAACUCAAAUAUUUGAGUGUCCUGUCAUUGGCUGGUAACAGUAUUACUGGUAGCAUACCAGAGCAGUUUGGUAAUCUUUCUAGUUUGACAAGCUUAGAUUUAGAAGAUAACCUUUUGGUUGGAGAAAUACCAGCUUCUCUUGGCAAGCUUUCUAAGCUACAGCUGUUGAUGCUGAGUCAAAAUAAUUUUAGUGGGCCAAUUCCUGAUAGCAUAGCAAACAUUUCGAGCUUGACAGACAUCCGCCUGGCAUAUAAUAAUUUGUCCGGUCAGAUACCUGUUCCGCUGUUUCAAGUAGCACGUUACAACUUUUCUGGUAACCACUUAAAUUGCGGAUCCAACUUCCCCCACUCUUGUGCAUCCAGCGUGUCCUAUCAGAGUGGAUCCCAUAGCUCAAAAAUUGGCUUAAUACUUGGAACAGUUGGAGGAGUAAUAGGGCUUCUUAUCGUAAUAGCUCUGUUUCUAAUCUGUAAUGCAAGGAGGAAAAGCCAUCUGAAGGAGGUUUUCGUGGAUGUAGCAGACGAGAAUGAUCGACGAAUUGCAUUUGGCCAGAUCAAAAGAUUUGCAUGGCGAGAGCUAAAGACUGCGACUAAUGAUUUCAAUGAAAGAAAUGUUCUUGGACAGGGAGGUUUUGGGAAAGUGUACAAGGGAGUUCUUCCAGAUGGCACUAAGAUUGCUGUAAAACGAUUGACUGAUUGUGAGAGUCCUGGUGGGGAGGCUGCUUUCUUGCGUGAGGUAGAGCUUAUUAGUGUUGCAGUUCACCGCAAUCUCCUGAGGUUGAUUGGCUUCUGCACGACACAAACAGAGCGCCUGCUGGUCUAUCCAUUUAUGCAGAAUUUGAGUCUUGCUUAUCGCUUAAGAGAUUUUAAGCCUGGAGAACCCAUCUUAGACUGGCCUACAAGGAAAUGGGUGGCUAUGGGUACAGCGCGUGGACUGGAGUAUCUGCAUGAACACUGCAACCCCAAGAUCAUACACCGUGAUGUCAAAGCUGCAAAUGUAUUUCUUGACGAGAAUUUUGAGCCUGUUGUUGGUGAUUUUGGCCUCGCUAAGCUAGUAGAUGUGCAGAAGACAUCUGUGACAACACAAGUUCGUGGAACUAUGGGUCAUAUAGCACCUGAGUACCUGUCUACAGGGAAGUCGUCCGACAGGACUGAUGUUUUUGGCUACGGGAUCAUGCUUCUUGAGCUUGUGACUGGCCAGCGCGCCAUUAACUUCUCACGCUUAGAGGAAGAAGACGACGUGCUAUUGCUCGAUCAUGUAAAGAAGCUACAGAGAGAAGGGCAGCUGGGCUCCAUUGUUGACUGCAACCUGAAUCAGAAUUACAUCGGUGAGGAUGUUGAGAUGAUGAUACACAUAGCAUUGUUGUGCACGCAGGCGACUCCUGAGGACCGGCCAUCCAUGUCAGACGUGGUUCGAAUGCUGGAAGGCGAGGUCUUGGGAGAGAGGUGGGAGGAGUGGCAGCAGAUGGAGGUGACAAGGAGGCACAAGAACGAGAGGAUGCAGCAGAGGUUCGACUGGGGCGAGGACUCCUUCCACAACCCAGAAGCAAUAGAGCUGUCUGCUGGUAGAUGAAAAUUGGCGACAAUAGAUGGGCAUGAAUGCAGUGCAACCUGUGUCUGAACUGUAUGUAAUCGUUGUUAUUUUUGUCUGUAGAGUAGAUAUUAGAUAGAUAUGUUGAUAAGAUGAUUCAAACAAACUUGUUGGGCAAUAACAUGAAUGUGGAUGAAAUUGGAUGGAUAAAUAGAUUGUUGUAACUGUA